CCAAUUCUGACAUGCACAGAAAAUGAAUCAACCUAAAAGACAGUUUAUCCCAUAUUGAAGAAAUUCAAGCACAAUUACAGGUUUUUUACAGAGUAUUAUUUUAUUUGAAAGUAUUUUUCUGUGAUAACAACCGAUUUAUUCUUAAUUCAACAAGAUGCCAAGCUCAAGGAAAAUAAUUUUGAAACACGUGAUGUCUGGAAUUUGCACAAAGAUGAACAGAACGAAGCAGCUGCCCUCCGAUGUAAUGGAGACCCCACUAAAUCGCUGUCUUAACACAUUUGAUAUUACGUUAUUAGGAGUGGGUCACAUGGUAGGUGCUGGCAUAUAUGUUCUUACUGGUACUGUUGCAAAAGAUAUCGCUGGACCUGGAAUAAUACUGUCGUUCUUGCUAGCCGGGCUAGCGUGCCUACUUUCUGCUCUUUGCUACGCUGAAUUCGGCACUAGAGUUCCAAAAGCCGGUUCUGCGUAUGUGUAUACCUACAUAAGUAUCGGUGAAUUUUGGGCUUUCGUUAUCGGAUGGAAUAUACUUCUGGAACAUAUGAUUGGUGCUGCUUCAGUCGCACGAGCUUGGAGCGGUUACGUAGACUCGCUCUUCGAUAAAGCCAUUAGUAACGCCACCAUCACGGUCACCGGAGAAAUGCACGAACAACUCCUCAGUAAAUACCCAGACUUCCUAGCCUUUACUGUGUGCCUCAUAUACUCCCUUUUACUAGCAAUCGGUGUCAAAGGCUCUACUAUGGUCAAUAGUUUCCUCACCCUAGUUAAUUUAUCCGUUAUGGGCCUUGUGAUCGUCGUUGGGUUUAUUUAUGCGGACGAGACCAAUUGGACUGAACAAAAGGGUGGUUUUCUUCCAUAUGGCGUAGGCGGUGUCAUAGCGGGAGCAGCAACUUGCUUCUACGCUUUUGUCGGCUUCGACAGCAUCGCAACCUCUGGAGAAGAAGCAAAGAAUCCGUCUUUCUCCAUACCAAUGGCCACAGUUCUCUCCAUGGGAAUCGUAACGAUGGGUUACGUUCUAGUUGUGUCUGCCCUGACCCUAGUAGUGCCAUAUUAUGACAUCGAUCCCAAUGCUGCGCUUCCAUCUGCGUUCGGAAAAGUGGGAAUCCAUUGGGUCAAGUAUGUUGUGUCUAUAGGUGCCAUCUGUGGAAUGACCACGACUUUGUUUGGAUCGUUGUUCUCGUUGCCAAGAUGUAUGUAUGCUAUGGCGACAGACGGGCUGCUGUUUGGAUUUCUAGGGAACGUCAACUCGAAGACUCAACUGCCUCUAACGAACCUGAUCCUGUCAGGAUUCUUCUCGGCCUUGAUAGCAUUAAUAUUCGAUUUAGAAAAGUUAGUGGAGUUCAUGUCGAUAGGCACCCUGCUUGCCUACACUAUCGUCAGUGCAUCGGUUAUAAUUUUAAGAUAUCGGCCUAGUUUCGAAACCACCGUAGCAAAACCACCACCAGCUCCAAGCCCCACUUCCGAUUUGUCGAGUACCGCGUCAGAUAUGACACCUACGCCUGUCUCCGAAUUAGUCAACUUGACGGGAACACUCAGAGUACAAUACAGCUGGUUAGGGCCUGUUUUCGGCAACUGCGAGCCUGGAUCAGUUGUUACCGGUUCCGUUUUUAUUUACACCUCCUUUUGCUGUGCCCUCUGUGUACUAUUUCAAGUGUCAACGACUGAUAUUAAAAAUGGUAUCUGGUGGACUGUUGCUUUGGCUUCCUUUUUCAUCCUUAUUAUGGCAGGAUGUUUGCUGGUGAUUAUAGCCCACCACCAGAGCACAACCGGUUUAAGAUUCAAGGUUCCUAUGGUACCAAUACUGCCUGCGAUCAGUAUUUUGUGUAACAUCGAAUUUAUGGUACACCUGAAUUACCUGACUUGGCUAAGAUUCUUCGUGUGGAUGAUUAUAGGAAUGCUGGUUUACUUCCUGUACGGAAUCCACCACAGCAAGGAAGGUGAAGCAAACUCAUCCUACUCUAUACUGAUGACGUCUUCUGAAGCUGGCAAAGAGAAAUGGGGCGCGACUACCAGAACUCAAACCAUUAAGGGUGCUUUAACCAGGAGAAAAGCGUCACAUGGAGAUAGAGGAGCCAUUAUUGACGAAGAAGAUAGCACGGAAUAAAAACAAUUAGAUCAGGUUGAAAUAUAAAGGAUUCCUUUAUUUUAUUUUAAAAGAAAGUACUCGUUUGGAUUUAGAAUAAUUCAUAAAACAUUUUGAACACUCUUAUUGGUAUAUGUUGCUUAUAUAAUCGUAAGAUCAUUUAUUUAAUAACAAAGCAAAUAAUAUUGUUUAUAAUUUCCGAUUCCUGUUUAUUCUAAUAUUUUAUUUCAUGGUUGCAUUUGUAUGGCACUUAGAGAAGAAGAAGGAGCCUAUAAAUACGGGUCUUGAAUACUAUACGUUUGAUAAGUUUCUGGCUUGUUUUCUCAUAUUGCAUUCAGUCGUGAGGAAAUCCAUUGAUUGGUCCUUUUUUUAUCUCUAAUGAAGAAAUAGAUAGAGUGAAUAAAAACGACAGAAGACUACAAAGAAUAAGACAAUAAUCUAUUAUAUCAUAGAUCCACUAUAGUCCAUUCUUUCAAGUGAUAUUGUGCCGAUGUGUGCUUUUGCCCUGGGGGUGACUUUCACCCCUCUUGGGGGUGAAAAAAUAUAUGUCCAAAAUAAGUCCGGAAAUGGGUAAACUGACUAAUUUUAAGUAACUUUUGUUCUAUAGAGCUUUUUCGCCAAGUCAACACUUUUCGAGUUAUUUGCGAGUAAAUAAUAUGUUCAUUUUUCAACAAAAUAACCACAUUUUUAGACGGUGUUUUGCAAAUAACUCAAAAAGUAAGUAUUUUGUCGAAAAAAACGUUCUUAGCAAAAAUAUAGCAUAUAAAAAAGUAAAAAAAAUGGUGUUCACGUUAGGUCUCUGGAUCUCGUAGAACCAGAGUUAUAGCCAAUGAAAAAUAGAUUCAUAUUCACCAAAUUUCAAAUAGAAUAUUUCGACGUGAAAUAUCCAAAAAAUUAAGCACUUUUUGGGGAAAACCCGUUAUAACUUUUUGAAAGUGUUUAAGAAAAGCUUUAUUUCUGUUUUUACAAAAAGUUUCUAGCAUGAAAUUUAAGCAAGUUACGCUCAAAAUAAAGUUGGUCCCUUUUGUUUUUGCAAAAAAAAUCGGGAAGACCACCCCCUAAUUAGCAACUUAAAUGAAAUUAAUCGUUACCGCUCCACAAAUUAUUUUACUUAUGUUGUGUUUAUAUGAUCUGUAAGUCUCAUCGAUUCAAAGUGCUUAUUUUUGAAAAAAUUUGGUUUCAAAAUAAAAUUUUUAAAAAUUUAAAUUUUGAAAAAUAUGUUUUUUUUCAAAAUAACUUAAAAAUUGUUAGAGAUACCAAAAAUCUCGAAAACCAAAAAAGUCAGAUUUGCUUUUCUGAAUAUCAUGUAUUUUUUUGUUUUUCUGUUAGACAAAAAUUGAUCAAGAUUUGGUGUUUCUAAAUUUGCAUACAUUCGUGAUCAGUGACUCGUUCAACCCCUUUUAACUACAGCCCUUUCAAUAAUAAGGACUUUGAACCGAUGAAACUUACAGAUCAUAUAAACAAUAUAUACACGAGUCAAGAAACUUGUGAAGUCGUAACGAUUAAGUUAAUUUAAGAUACUAAUUAGGGAGUGAUUUUCUAGAUUUUUUUACCAAAACCAAAAGGGACUAACUUUAUUUUGAGCGUAACUUGUUUAAUUUUGAUGCUAGAAUUUUUUUUAUAAAACAAAAAUGAAGCUUUUUUUAAACAUUUUAAAUAAGUUGAAAUGAGUUUUCCCCGAAAUGUGCUUCAUUUUUGGUUAUUUCAGGUUAAAGUGUUCCAUUUGGAAUUUGACGAAUAUGAACCUAUUUUUCAUUAGUUAUAACCCUGCUUCUACUAGGGGUAGAGACGUAAUAUAUACACCAUUUUUUUAAAUUUUUUACAGGCUAUAUUUUCGCUAAGAAUGUUUUUUUUUUUCGACAAAAUUCUUACUAUUUGAGUUAUUUGCGAAAAACCGUCUAAAAGCGUGGUUAUUUUGUUGAAAAAAUGAACAUAUUCACUGCCAAAUAACUCGAAAAGUAUUGACUUAGUGAAAAAACUCUAUAGAACAAAAGUUACUUAAAAUUAGUCAGUUUAUCCAUUUCCUGACUUUCUUUGGACGAAUAUUUUUUCACCCCCAAAAGGGGGUGAAAACCACCCCCAGGGCAAAAGCACAUAUCGGCACAAUAUCACUUUUUUUCUUUGACUUGUUAGCUAUGUGUAUGUCAAAUUUCAUGUCAAUCCAAGCGGUUCUUUAAAAUUUAGAGGUUUUGCAAUAUUUUACCGUUAAAGAUCGGACUACUAGCAGAUACGAUUUAAUCGGCUUAAACUAAUACGCUAGACUACAAUUACGUUUAACCUCGUACAAAACACUCUCUUUCUACACCGAAACAUUCACCAUAAUAAUUCCCUAACAAAUAUUGGAUGUCUUUCCUACAAUAACGUCUGUAUCAUGACAGACACCUUACAUUCCUAUACGAUAGAAAAAGACACAAUCAUGGAGGUUGGAAGCAGAGUUUGGAAGAGGCCAAGGCUUAAUUUGUGCUGUAGCGCCAUUGGAGAGAUAAGGAAGGAUCUUCCUCUUCCUGAUGUGUCUAUCGGGGACGAAUGUUGGCGAUCAUCAAGGAAAUCUUUAUCUUAUCUACGAUAGCGUGGAAAAGCUGCACAGAUGUUGUGUUGAACCAGGUUCUGAGGUUCUUUAACCAGGAUGUUUUUCUUCUUUCUAGGCUCCACUUUCCAAAUAUUUUCCUUGUAGAAUGGCUUGUAGGAGGAUAUAUCUGGAUUCAUUUCGCAUAAUGUGUCCGAUGUAUUGUAACUUUAGAGAUUUGAUGGUUGUCAGUACCUCUCGGUUUUUCUUCAUUCGACUGAGGACCUCUUCAUUUGUGAUUCGGUGAGUCCACGGGAUUUUAAGUAUUCUCCAAUUUAGCCACAUCUCACAUGCUUUUAAUUUUCUGUACGUAUCUUCGUUCUAAGUCAAUUAUCACAAUUGACUUAGAUGGAAGUGAAAUCCAAAGUGUCGAAGAUUAUAUACAUAUACCUAGGUCACACGAUCAAACUAGGCAAACAGAAUUAAACGGCAGACGAAUCCGAAUGACUUGGGCAGCAGUAGGAAGACUCAGAAGAGAAGACUUGAGUAGAACAUCAACAGGAGCACAGGAAACAUACGCAGAGUUAAAAACGCAAACAAAAAUGCUAGGUCUGGAAAUUAACACAGAAAAAACAAAAAUAAUGAUCCAGACGAGAAGAAAUAUAGUCCCACAAAACAUUAUUCAUGAAGAUGACGUUGAAACGGCUGGAAAGUUUACAUACCUGCGCCCUGAUUCUAAAUCAAAUUUCGACACUAAACAAGUCGCUUUCAAUAUGGCGACGUCGAAAUGCGACUGUGCGAGCCUUGUGGAUUUUAGUUGAACUAACGAAAUGACGUCACGAAAUAGCGACUAUCGAAAUUAAUAGCGACCCCAAAAAAGUGGUUGAUAUUAUAAUUAUUUGACACGGAGAUGAAUGAAUGGCCAAAAGCGAGGUUAGGUUUAGUUUAGAUGUGUUUUGUUUAUUUCUUGCAAGGAAAACUAAAGCAAAAGGUAUUAAUAUGGCUGGGUUUAAUUGAAAUUUGCUUGUUUUGAGGAAUUAGAUAGAAUAGUAUUAAAUUAGAAAUAUAAUAAUUGAGAAUGUCCACAACAUGAAUCAUCAACUCAAUGAAAGAUGUAAGGUAAUAAUCUGGGAAAAUUAGUAAAAAACAAGGAAAAUUAAUUACCAGCUAUUUUAUUGUUGGACAUGCUGAAAUCAAAUCUUAAGAUUUCCUAUAUUAGUAAUACAGCUGGGCAAAGUCCACAGAAAGUGUGCUAUUUUGUUUAUAAACAAAUUAGCGCUCCGAAAUCUUUUUUUUUAAUUAUUGCUCUAUAACUCCGAAAAUUUUAACUUUAAACCAAAACACUCGCAUAAAAAUUGACAGUAAUUUAAUUCUGCACAUUGAUAAUUUAUUCCAAUUUCCUUCGACGGAAAUUUUCCUCGGAAAAUUCGGGUUUUCCAAACAAAAUCUUUAAUUUUCAACUAAAAUUUGAGAGAAGUAAUUAUUUAUCAAUAAUUAAAUAAUUUGGUGACAGUGACAUAAAUCUUUUUUGUUAUGAGUGUCUUGAAGAUAUGAAAAUUUGUAUGUACAAAGAGGACCGGAAUUAAAAGGUAUCUAAUGGUUCAAAGAUUAAAAUCCUGUUGUUUAUAACUCUGUCGCAAAUGCCGGUCAAAUUUGACCGGUUACACCUGGAAUCACUCCUCGCAAUUCAAUUUUUUUUCUUCGAAAAGGGCACAGAAGCCGUGCCCUUUUCAACAGCGUUAACUUAAUUUAAUUUAAUCUAAUAUUUUCUGAGGGGUUCUAUUUGUUUAUAAGCCAAAAAAUGUUUCUUUAUAACAUUCCUGAGACCGCUCAAAUGGUCCAAUUUCAAUCCUGUAAGGUACGUUGAAUAGGUAUAGUGCUUUUUUAUACGAAAAUCAUAGUUAUUCUGGUGUAUCAUAAUCUUUCUGGUUAUUAUUUCGACCGAAUUUUUUUAAUUAACAUUUUAAUUAUUGCUAAACUAUUGGUUAGAUUGUCGCCGGUCUCCUGAUAUACAGAGAGGGGCUAAAUUAUGGAAUAAAUUCAUUUUCUCUAAAAUGGACGAUUUUAGAGAAAAAUCCCGAAACAGGUCGAUUUUUAUUUUUAAAUUAAAUUUUUUUGGAAUAUAUUUCAAACUAGUGACGUCAUCCAUCCGAGCGUGAUGACGUAAUCGGUUAUUUUUUAAAUAGGAAUAGGGGUUCAUGUUGUAGCUCAUUUACAAAGGCGUUCAAUUCUCUAUUCAGUAUAGGGCUUUUCAUUCACAGUCAUUUAUUUCGAGCUUCUGUCAUAUUUCGUAUAAUCCGUAAAUAUUAAUAUUAUGCACAGAUUAUUCAACAUAUGAUAGGAGCUCGAAACAAAUGACAAUCGAUAAAAAGCCCUAUUAUAAACAUUAAUAUCAUUAUUUAUACAGGAAGGCCAAAAAAUUUUUGAAUUAAAUUAAUUGACGCAAGAAGAACAAUGCAUGUAAUUUAUUUAACUCAAAAUACAUUCUAUUGCUGUCAGAAAAUAGAAAAAAAUGUUUAUUUUGCAAAUAAACAUUGCUUUUAGCUUAAAUUAAACGUUCAAACUGCUAAUAGGUAGGAGGGAGGCUGUUUAUGAUUUAAUUUAAGCGAAAAGAAAUGUUUAUUUGUGAAAUAAACCUUUUUUUCUAUUUUCUGACAGCAUUACAAUGUAUUUUGAGUUAAAUAAAUUACAUACAUUCUUCUUUUUGCGCCAAUUAAUUUAAUUUAAAAAUUAUUUUUUGGCAACCCUGUAUAAAUACCUAAUGAUAUUAAUGUUUAUAUUACUGAAUAGAGAAUUGAACGCCCUUUCAAAUGACCUACCACACGACCCCUAUUCCCAUUAACAAAAUUAUCGAUUACGUCAUCACGCUCAGAUGCAUGACGUCACUAGUAUGAAAUAUAUGCCAAAAAAUUGUAAUUUAAAAAUAAAAAUCGACCUCUUUCGGGAUUUUGCUCCAAAAUCGUCCGUUUUAUAGAAAUGAAUUUAUUCCAUAAUUUAGCCCCUCUGUAUAAUCUACUAUAAUAAAUCUUUCAUGUCAUCAAUUAUUUAAUUAUUGAUAAAUAAUUAGGUACUUCCCUAAAAUUUUAAUUGAAAAUUGCAGAUUUUUUGGGAAAACUCGGAUUUUCUGAGUAAAAUUUUUGUUGAAGGAAAUCGGAAAAAAAAUAACUUUGUGCAGAACUAAAUUACGGUGAAUUUUUAUUUGAGUGUUUUUGGCUCAAAGGAAAAAUUUUAGGAGUUACAGACCACUAAUUGAAAAAAAAAAGAAGAUUUAGGAGUGUUAAUUUGUUUAUAAAUAAAAUAACACACUUUCUGCGGACUUGUCAUACCCCAUAUUACUAAUAUAUGCAAUCUUAAGAUUCGAUUUUAGCAAUAAAAUAGCUGGUAAAUAAUUUUUCCCAAAAAUGGCAUUUUUUCGAUAAUUUUCCCAGACUAUCAACAAAUUCCAAUAAACCGGAGCGCUAACCCAAAUUCUGAGCAGUCUCAACAUGAUAAGGUUAAUAUCCCCAGUUGUAACUAAUAUCGAAAUGAAUGCGGCUGUCAUGGCGGUGUCGAAAUGAAACUGCGACUGUCGAAAUGAAUUAGAAUCAGGCCCCUGGGAGUAGAACUAUAUGCCGACGGAUCAGAAGAUGGAGAAAUAUGAAAGAGAAUAACGCAGGCAAACAGAGCUUAUUUUGCCCUCUCCCAUAUAUUUUGGUCUAAAAGUGUCCACCUAAAUACAAAGAUGAUAAUCUAUAAAACCUUAAUUCGACCAAUAGCAUGCUAUGGCAGUGAAACAUGGGUCUUGAAAGAAACAUCCAAAAACAAACUUGAAAAGAAACAUUAGAAAGGAAAAUACUUACGAGAAUACUAGGGCCUUUGAGGGAAAAUGGAAUCUUCAGAAGUCGAUACAACAACAAACUUUAUCAACUUUAUAAGGAAGCACCCCUGUCAGACUUCAUUAGAACACAAAGAUUGCAAUGGGCCGGACAUGUAAUAAGAAUGGGAGAGGAUAGGCUCCCAAAAAGAGCACUGAAUGCUAGAAUGCAGGGAAAGAGACCGGUUGGAAAGCCAAGAAAACGCUGGGAAGACACAGUAAACAGCGACGCACAAGCUCUUUUAGGAGUCCGUGUAUGGAGAAGAGCAUCCACAGACAAGCGAGGGUGGAGGGAAAAAUAAAGGAGGCCAAGGCUCAAUUUGGGCUGUAGUGCCGUAGAAGAACAACAAAAAUAAGAAGGAGGACUCAGUGAUGUGUUGAAAAACAAAAAGAUACCAAUCAAUCUAAAGAAAAGGGUAUUCAACAGUUGUAUUCUACAAGUUAUGACUUAUGGAAUGGAGACCAUGACACUUACAGAGUUGUCAGCCAAUAGAUUAAGAACAACACAGAGGGCUAUCGAACGAGCUAUGUUGGGAGUAUCUCUGAGCGAACAUAACGAAACGAGGACGUACGAAGCAGGACGAAGGUGGAAGAUGUAAUUGGAAGAAUUGCGCAAAUGAAAUGGAACUGGCAAAACAACGACAGGUGGACGAGAAACAUUGUACGUACAUUGCGAGACCACGCAAAAACAAUCGUAGUAGAGGAUGACAACAAAAACGAUGGCCAGGCGACAUCAAAGCCAAAGUAUGGAGAAACUGGCACCAAAUAGCACAAGGCAGAGAAGAGUGGAGAGCUCAUGGGGAGGCAUUUGUCCAGGAGUGGAUGUAAACAGGCUGAAGAAGAAGAAGAAGAAAUAUUCGUUCAAGGUCUACCAGUGAACACCAUAAAAAAGGACAAAGAAUACGUAGCAUCAGAUCAUUCUUACUUUUAUACCAAAAAAGAGCUUGUGGCUCUUUAAGAAGACCCCCAUCAGGUUCUAUCAUUUUAUUUUUUUAUGACCAUAAUCAUUAUUACUAGCAGUUUGUUCUGAAUUAAUUGUAUUUUUCUUUUAAUAUGGAGCUCCAUACUGAUAUUAGUGUUCAAAAGUUUUUCUUUAUUAUUUGUGUAAUGACAGAAGAAAAAUUAAAGAAAUAAUGAUACGUUGAUAUGUUGAUGUUACCGUACAGAAAAAUUUUAGAAAAUUAUUUAUUGUACAUAGAAAAAGUCAAAUUAAAGCUUAUUAUUA